AUGAAUUUCCUUGAAUUCUUCCUCUUGUUAUUCGGCCUCUUUUCAGUACACGGCAAAGCAGCAACACCGUACGAGCUUCGCCCGCCUCCGCUAGACACCCCUUGGACAGAGAAGGUCGGAACCCAGCCCUGGCCACAGUACCCUCGCCCCCAGCUUCGCCGCGAUGUUUGGCAGUCACUCAACGGGAUCUGGACCUACCAGCCCGCCCAAGGAGCUGACGCUGUCGCCAACCCGCCGGCUUUACCUCUGGAGAAGGAGACUCUGAUCCCUUCAUGCAUCGAGAGCGGUAUCUCCGGCAUCAUGGACAUGAGCUUCACCGUCACCCACAUGUGGUUUGGUACCAACUUCACCGUCCCGCCGCGCUGGGCUGAGGAUGGCCGCCGGGUCUUGCUGAACUUUGAGGCUGUCGACUAUGAGGCUACUGUUUACGUCAACGGCGCCAAGGUCGGUUUCAACCGCGGCGGCUACUCCCGCUUUACGCUUGAUGUCACAGAACAUAUCACCUCGGACAAAGUCAACGAGUUGCACGUCUUCGUCUUUGAUCCCACGGACGAUCAAUCCAUCCCCCAGGGCAAGCAGACCAAACGGCUAUCGCACAUCUUUUAUGUGCCUUGCACGGGCAUUUGGCAGACAGUGUGGCUUGAGAGUGUGCCCAAAAACUUCAUCUCGACCGUGGAUCUGUCAGCCGACAUGAACGGCGAGGUUACUGCUACCGUCCAUAGCUGGGCAAAGGGUGCGACUCCCGUCGAGAUCUCUGUGGCAGGCCCACACGGCGAUGUGGUGGCAACUCACCAACAUGUCUCGGACAAGACUUUUACCUUCCAGGUUGACUCGCCGGAGCUGUGGUCUCCCGACUCCCCGACCCUUUACAACGUGACCAUCACGAUGGGGAAGGAUGAGGUUCAGAGCUACACUGGCUUCCGCACCUUUUCCGCGGGCGAGAUUGACGGCGUGCAGCGCCCCCUCCUCAACGACGAGUUUGUCUUUAUGUUUGGUCCCCUCGACCAGGGGUAUUGGCCAGAUGGCAUCUACACCCCCCCGUCGCUGGAAGCCAUGGUCUACGACCUGGAGGUUAUCAAGGACCUCGGCAUGAACAUGGGCCCACGGACGCGGAACAGGCCGAGUUCCAACGCCAACUCGAGAUCAUGGAUCAACGAGCACAAGAGCUACCCAAGCAUCAUCACCUGGGUCAUCUACAACGAGGGAUGGGGCCAGAUCACCGACUAUCACCCAGAGUUCGCCCUGACCGAGCGUGUCCGCGAGCUGGACCCGACCAGGCUGAUCGAUGCGGUCACCGGCUGGCAUGACCACGGCGCAGGGGACUACUCGGACAACCACAAAUACGCCGAGCCCCAAUGCGGCACCCCCUUCUUCUCGCGGCCCUCCUCACCCUACGACCCCAACCGCAUCGGUUUCCAAGGCGAGUUCGGCGGCAUCGGCAUCCGCCUCGCCGACGAGAAGCCUUGGCUCAUCCCGGCGCGGGUCAACAGCAUCAACGAUACGUACGAAAUCCACUCGGGCGCCGAAUCCUUCCACUACCGGGCGCACGUGCUGCUCACGCAGCUGCGCGAGCAGGUCGAGCGGUACGCGUGCAGCGGCGCCGUGUACACGCAGACGACCGACGUCGAAGGCGAGGUCAACGGCCUGCUGACCAUGGACCGGCGCGUGCUGAAGGUGGAUCGGGAGCGGUGGAGGGCGGAUAUUGAGGGGUUGUAUGAGGCUGCGGGGGAGAGGGCGUAG